AUGUCUUCCGUUUGGAAGACUCCCCGUGGCUCAGAAGCAGCACCCGAGAUGGUGGUGAAAAUCAUUGGAAGUAAACACUUUCGGUACCUUGUGGAGAAGCCAAAGAUCAAGGAAAAUGAGAACUUGAAGGCAGAAACUCCAACAGGACUCCAGAAAUCCAUCAUUGGUUGUUCAAGGCAGAUGAGCAGAGUCCCAGCUCCUCCUAAUACUACUAAUCAUUAAAUCAAUCAUGACCCAGAUGAUGAGGAAGAAAACAAGUACCCAGAGAACAACUAGAGCCUAGAGAACAACCAGUAAUUUCUCACAGGAGCCCUCAGAAGCAGAUUUCUGGAUGGUAGGAUUCCCAGCCAGCCAAAUGCCCACUGUAGCUCGGCACCAACUGGAGACCAGUCCCUGUCCUAUAGUCAUGGCCUCCCCAGGAGAAACCUCAGAGACUGGUCUUCGGAACAGAUGGCAAGUGGCAGCUCUGACCAAUCUGAGCUUAUAGGCAAACCUUGACUGUCUCAGCUGAACUUCUCAUCUUUCUUCCACCUUCUUCCUCUGGAUACAAUGGGUCUCUAAAACGUGGCAUUCUAAAUUCCCUUACUAGAAAAGCUGCAGAAAGAGCUGAAGACCCUGGAUCCUUUCUCUUCAGGAUUUCUUCUCCGGUCUCAGCUGAGCUGCCUUUUCCUAAGACACGAAGUCCCUCUACAGUUACCAAUGGUCAAGAUCCUUUGCCAGAGAUUUUCUAAGAGGGGCUUUCCAGAAAUGGUGAGCUAUGGGAAACUCUUCUGGUUUUUAAAAGCUGCAGCUUCAGAUGAUCCACAGCAAAGCCAAAGAGUUGUGGGCAGCAACGAGGGCAAGAGUCAGGGAUAUCACGAUCAUGUACCCGCUCCUGAAGGUGCCAGAUCACAGUCAGAGGUGAGCAAGAGCCUGUCGGGGAUCCUGAUGGCACUAAGGACAACUAAUGGCAAACUCAACAUAAAGAACCUCAGUUGGAAUUUUCGAAAGGAAGAUCGCUUGUUCUCUGGCUCCCUGCCCCUACCCAAGGUCAGGGUUAUAUGUGGAAAGCAUGGAUUAUAUCUGACUUUGAGUUUUCUGGAAACAUUGCUAAACCAUCAAGGAUUAGGUUACCAUGGUGAAAUAAAAUGGCAGAAUUUUGUUGAACUGUUGAGUAAAGCUUCCUCCGAUUUGCCACAUGAUUUGCCUAUAGGAAAGAAAGCAAAAGAAACCUCUGCCACUACAACACAGGCUGAAGUUCCUAAGGUGUCUCAAGGCAAAACAGAACAUAUGAAAAUUCCUGAAGAGGAGCUGCAACCAGAAAGCCCUCCUGCUGAGAUUUCAGCCCCCUAAAGUCCCCUGAAGGCUUUGAAGGUCAGACCAAUCUCACAGCCUUCCAUGACUCCAAUGGUGAAAAACAGGAAUGAGUCUGAAGAAUCUGAGACAUGGAUUGACAGGUUCAGAAAGCUGGAAAACACCCUCUACCUGUGUGACCUGAAUAAUACAGGAGUCAUGGAAAACGAAUGAGCCAGACGCCUCAUUCACAACUACAAUCUCAUUUACAACCUGUCCCUGAGCCCUUGGAAAAUCGACCAAGCCUUGUGGAGAUUCUGUGUGGGAGAAAAUAUGCUCUUGGAGCCAGCACUUCGGUACUUAAAGGAGCUAUGA